AUGUACAUCACUCUUUUAAGUCUGUUUGAAACUUGUUUGAUAUCAGUGAAAGCCAAGCCACAUGAUUCGGAAGCAACAGUAGUUGCCGGCUCCUUCACUGAAUUCAAACACCUGCUGCUUCCAAUAACUGAUCGCAAUCCUUUUCUUUCAGAGGGAACGAGACAGGCUAUUGCUACUACUGCUGCUUUGGCAAAGAACAAUGGAGCUGACAUAACAGUAAUCUUGAUUGAUGAAAAGCAGAAAGAAUCGUUUCCAGAGCACGAGAACCAACUCUCGAGCAUUCGUUGGCAUUUGUCUGAAGGUGGAUUCCAAGAGUAUAAAUUGUUAGAGCGGCUGGGGGAUGGGAGCAAGCCAACAGCAAUCAUUGGGGAGGUAGCUGAUGAUCUGAACUUAGAUUUGGUAGUUCUAAGCAUGGAAGCUGUUCAUUCUAAGCAUGUGGAUGCAAACCUUUUGGCUGAGUUCAUUCCAUGCCCUGUUAUGCUCUUACCACUUUGAUUUCCGUACAUUUUGUAACCAAUAUCCAAGUUUUAUGGACUCAUGUGUUCAUGUUUUUCUGUAAUAAUAUAUUGGGUAUACUUGUGAUUUAUGUAUAAAUUGCUUUUGGAGUUGAUA